AUGUCUUCCAACGUCGGUCUCUCUACUCCACGCGGCAGUGGCACCUCUGGCUAUGUCCAGCGCAACCUCUCCCAUCUCAAGCCGCGCGACGCCGCCGCCCCCUAUACCAAGGAUCGCGAUCUUCUCCAACACCGCCAGCGCCAACCCGACAAGGACAUUCUCGAACAUGACCGCAAGCGCGAGAUUGAAGUCAAGGUUUUUGAGCUGCGCGACAAGCUCGAGGAGGAAGAAGUCGACGAAGACGAAAUCGAGGAUCAAUGCACCGCCUUACGCAAGAAGCUCCAAGCCGAACAAGCAGGCAAGAACACCAGCACCAAUGCAAGAGGUCUUAAAUCACACCAGGUCCAUGAGCUGGCCAAAGCAAAGAUCGAAGAAAGCGAGAAACUCAGACGCGCUUUCGGCAUCAGCAAAGAUUAUGAAGAAGGAAGUCACUGGAAGAAGCAGGAGGAGAAGGCCCGUCAGAUCCAAGAUCGCCAAGCAGAAGAGUCAAGAAGGGCGAAAGAAGAGGAUGAAUAUUCGGACUAA